UGGUGAUGUCGGAACUAUGUCGGAACUUAGAAUUUCGGAAUGUUUCGGAUAUCGAAUUUAAGUUUCUUAUAAAACUUUCUCAUAGAUUUAUGGCAAUAAAGAAUUUAACUAUCUAUCCAAUCUAUUUGGUCAAUGCAUAUAAAUAUAUAAUAGUUUUAAUCAAAAACUAUUGAUAGAGGUUAGCUUGGUUUGAACUUUGAUGUUAUAAUGCAUACAAAACUCAGUGGAUAAAGUUGUAUUAUUGUUUAAAAAGGAAACAGGGAUAUUAAACCUAUUGUGGAUAGAACAUUUUCACAAAUACCCAGUUAAAGUGCAUUCAUAGUUUAAUCACUAAGAGAACUGUAACUUUAGUUCGGAAAGACCUGCGACUUGUUAGCUUGUAGCUGUAAAGAAUUCCAUAAUGAACGGAGAGAAGAGAAAUUCUCGCGGUAGAGGCAGAGGUCGUGGCCGUGGGAGAGGUCGCGGUCGAGGGCGCGGAAGGGGCAAGAAAGUGGCAAAAGUGAUGUCCUCUGAUGAGGAGGAGUGCUCUGUGGAAGAGACUGUGCAGGACCAGGAGGAAACUAUGGUGGAGGAAGUUAAAGAAGAGCCUGAGCCAAGUGAACCUGUCAAAAUGGAAGUCCCAUCAGACAUAUCCCAGCUUGAGGCACCAGUGUUUACAACCCUGCAGAGAGGUCCCCCAGAGCCCAUGCUUAGAUUGGACUGGAGCCACCGUGCUACACUCAUUGGGGAGAAAGUGCUUAACCCUAUGAUAUAUUGUUGUGAUAUCUGCUCCAAACCUAUACUCAUUUACGGUAGAAUGAUACCAUGUAAACAUGUGUUUUGCUUGUCUUGUGCUAGAGCUGAGCAUACUCACUGCCCACGCUGUAGGGAAAAGGUGUUAAGGGUUGAACAAACUGGUCUUGGCACAGUUUUCAUGUGCACCCACUCUGGAACUAGAUAUGGCAAUACCGGAUGCAGAAGAACCUAUUUGUCUCAGCGAGACUUACAAGCUCACAUAAACCACAGACAUGUCUCCGCGGGAGGGGAAAACAAACAAGAGCCGGAGCCCCCGCCUCCCUCAGUCGCCAUAGUCAAACCUCUUUCCGUGCCGAGCAGUGCUAACGACCCACGCUCGCAUGCUCACGGUGUAGGCGAUCGGCUACGGGGGCCGCGUACCAACCUAAUCACCGUGCCCAUACACGACCAGCCGGACUCGCACAACUACUAUUCAUACUACCAGCAGCAAAAUCCGCAGCCGGUGCCGCCGCCCGCCAUGCCAUCAGUGUCGUCAGUGGCGGUGCUCCCUCACGCACUGAGCGUGCCGCCACCUCCGUAUUACGCGGCCGCGCCCUACGCCGCACCGCCUGCCACCUACGUCGGACAGCCUGGUCCAACGCUGACGACCAACGUGGCGGGUGUGUCUCCAAUGCAGAGCUCCGUGCCCAUUGCAACUGUCAACCCCAUCUCGGAAAGUCCGCGUUGGCCGGACGGCUACCAGCAACCCGGCGUGCCGGUCCAACAGUGGCCGCCGCAGGCCCAACACCACUACUAUAGGUAGCCUCUGUUCCGACGACGGGAGUCGGUAAACUACGCGCAAUAUCUUGACUUCGGAGAUAAGUGAACAUGUGCCUACAAACUCACAAAACAUAUUGACUAGUACAUAGCAAAUAUAAAGUGCACACAAACUUAUACGCAAUGCAGUGAAAUUCGUGCAUUUUUAAUGACUAAAUUUUAUAUUAAAGACAAUUGAAAACAUCUUAAGAUGUACUUACAAACUGCCUGGAAAUAUUGACUCGUUUAUUUAGCUAAUACUGUAUUGUAAAGUUAAUGCAUUAUAAUAAUGAUAAUAUUUUAAGGUUUUUAUAUGUAAUAUUGGUUAAAUGAGGUUUUUAAUAGUCCGAAUAAUCGCAGACCAUGUUUACUAACCGAAUAUAGGUUUAAUAUGCAUAUAAAAAUAUAAGAUAAUUCCUCCAAGUGUAGGUAGAAACACUGAUAAAAAAUUAUAAAAUUACAAAUAUAGGAUCGGCAGACCAAAGCAUGAAAUAUAUCAAAAACCAAAAUGAAAUAAAACCAUUUAAAUGAUUCUUUUUUUUCAUUUCAAGGGGUAGUAUUAAAUAAAUGUUUAACUUAGACAUGUAAUGAGUAAUAGUGAAUUUCGGUGUGUAAUGAAAUUUUAGUAAAUUUUCUAGUAUAUUAAAAUCAAUGAUACUUUUUUGUAAGUUAUAUUUAGUCUGCCGAUCUUAGAAAUUUAGGCCAAAACCAACCUACUUUGGAACAGCGUGUAAAGUUAGCUUUAUCAUCCUUGUGAUGUUCUCAACACAAUUAAUUGAGUUUAAAUCGCCGUGCCGUACAAUACUAUAUAUACUAAUGGCGGUACUUUUCGGGAAGUCCAUGGAUUACUCUUUCUUACAUCAUCACCUUUCUCAGCCCAUUAACGUUCGAAUACUGGGCUCAUGCCUCUUCUCUCAGUUUGGUGGGUUUAUAAGGCUGGUGGGCUUAAACUACUUUUAUCACAAAACAAGUAAUAACAUAUCGUGUAGAUAAAAAUAUUGUUAUGGAUUCAUAAAAUAUUUGAUUUGUUCAAAGAUCUUCCGAAUAAUAAAAGACUGUUUUGCAUACCAGUUUCCAACAAAAUUUGUUUAUGUAAAGAAAUUUUAAAUAUUAUAAAAAAAAAUAAUGAAACCAAGGUUCGAUUAUUUUACUUUUAUCCUUGUUACUAAUAUGAUUGCGAAAGGUGUUUGUUUUUCAGAAAUCGCUAUGAUACGCAAUUUCACAAAUCUUCAUACUGAUUACUGAACUAGCUGCCGAUAGAAAAUCUGCAGUUUGCCGGGAUUCGUAACAAUCAGUCCCGGUCAUUAUUUCUGGUAGAGUUAUAAUGCUCUAAGGUAGGCCCUAUUAAAACACAGAAAUAAAACACUGCAUUUAA